GGGAGUUCGCAGGGCUUUGCUUUCCCGCUGGUGCUCCCCUCGGGAGGGCAACAGUAGCAACAGUAUGGAACAUUGUGAAGUUCUUAGCAAGAAAGUGAUUGAGUUCAAACCACCAGUGUAUGAACAGAGAUACUACUUUGUUAAAAACUUAGUGAAUCAACAUGGACACAAGAAGAUUGCAGACUUGGGCUUCGGGGACGCCACCCUUCUAUGGAUGCUGAAAUACCACCGCUGCGUUCAGUAUCUUGUUGGAGUAGAUAUUGCUGCCAAACCCUUUGAAUGGGGAGGGGGUAGGUUGUCUCCAGGAGUGGGGAGUUACAUCAUUCCUCGGGAACUAGAUUUGACUAUAACCUUGUACCGUGGUUCUGCUGUACAAAAAGACUCCCGUUUGUGUGGAUUUGACUUGAUAACAUGUAUUGAAUUGAUAGAACACUUAGAUUCUGAAGAUCUGGCCAAGUUUCCUGAGGUCGUGUUUGGGUACUUUUCUCCGGGUAUGGUUGUCAUCAGCACACCAAACUCUGAAUUCAAUCCCCUGUUUCCAGCAUCAACCUUUAGAGAUCCAGAUCACAGAUUUGAGUGGAACAGAAAGCAGUUUCAGAUGUGGGCUUUGGAUGUGGCAAAGCUCUACCAUUACUCUGUAGAGUUUUCUGGCGUGGGGGAUCCACCAGCAGGAGCUGAGCAUGUUGGAUACUGUACCCAAAUUGGGGUCUUCCAGAAAAACAGCACAAAGCCAACUGAAUUGAGCAUUUCAGAGCCAGAGGAACACGUUUAUGAAGUUGUGAGUUUUCUUUGGGAGGUUUAUACCACCUCAUACCCGAGUUUACAGCAAAGCAAAUACUUCCGGUUUACUCUGAGUAUUGAGGCGGUGAAAGCCAUCGACUUGAUGAAAAGCCGGUUUCUCCGGGGUCCAAGGAGAAAGGAGGGCGACCGGGUGGUACCGCUCGGCAGCUGCACCCCGCAGCACGGGUUAACAGAAGCUCAAAGGGCCGAAAUAGAGCAGUCCCCCAAGCCGUACAGUGUGGGAGAGAAGUUCUACGUGCCGCUGGAAAGACUCCUCGCUUACCCUAAGGUGAACCGCUUGGUGGCGGGCAGCACGGAGAAGCUGCGCACGGUGCUCGCGGAGGGGCUGCGGCUGAACGGAGAUCAGACCGCGGUGCAGGUGGAGUUGGUUGACUACCACACACAGCGCCUCUUCGAUGAGCAUUUAGUCAGCCCUGCGCUGGAGUCCUAAGUGAGGCAGCCUCGUCUGCAAUUUUCUCUAACCGUGUGUUUUUUCAUAGGCUUUUUGUAGGGCGGUGGAGGGCCCAUAAUGUGCUUGUUCAUGUUUGUUAGACCCAUGUUGAAUGUGACUUUAAGAAAAAAAAUUUUUUUAAGCAAAUUGGAUUAUCAAAUAAAACCUUUCCCCAGGGAAUAAGUAGUUUUAAAUUCA